UUGAGCACCUCCUGAACUCUUUUCUCUUUCGUUUUAUUCUCUACUUUAUCUUCCCCUUUCUAUCUCUUCCAUACUAGUCCAUCCCAUCGCUGCUUUGCGCGACACACCUUCGUUAUUACCGACUAUACACAACGCCUUCAGAUCUUAUACUUAAUACCAUAAUCUGAUUACGAUCUCAACGCCGUCACUAUGUCUUUGACCUACUCCGACAACCUCGCCCCGCAACCUAUCACCGAUGUCUUCACCAACGACACAUGCAUCGACCGAAGACAGUGUCACCGGACGGUGCCCAUGAAGGUGCUCGCUCUCGGUGUGGGACGCACAGGAACGGCUUCGCUGCGGAUUGCCCUUGAGCGCUUGGGAUACCUCAAGUGUUACCACAUGAUGUCUGCGAGCAUGGAGAACCCUCCGGACUGCUUGAUGUGGCACGAUGCUCUUCUUGCCAAGUACGAUGGUGUUGGUGAAUUUGGUCGCAAGGAAUGGGAUCAGCUUUUGGGUGACUGCCAGGCUGUCUGUGACUGGCCUGCUUGUGCCUUUGCUAAGGAGCUUAUCGAGGCGUACCCCAACGCCAAGGUUAUCCUGACUACCCGUGAUGUGGACUCGUGGCAUGCUUCUGUUAUGAAGACCGUCUGGUGGCGUGUCUCCGACUGGGAACACAGCUUCGUUUCCAACUUCAGCUGGGCUGCUGGCAUGUACUACCCCAUGCUGAGCAAGUUCUUCCAAACCUUCUUCCGCGGCGACUUCCCCAACAAGGGCAAGCAGGUCUACGAGGACCACGUCGCUCAGAUCCGCAGUAUGGUGCCUCCCGAGCGUCUGCUCGAAUACCAGAUUGGCGACGGCUAUGGCCCGCUGUGCGAAUUCCUCGGGGAGGAGAUGCCCGACACCCAGUUCCCCCGUGGCAACGACAUGGCCGACUUCUUCAAGCGCUGCCGCGGCCGUAACAGGCGCCAGAUGAUGAACGCUGCUCUGCAGGCGUUCACCAUGGGCGGUACCAUCUUGGCCACUGGGUUGGCUGCCACUAUGGCCUUCAAGCGCUUUGCCCGCUGAGAGGUUGACGGGGUAUUGACCUCAUUGCCACUCAUUGGUAGUAUGCGCGGGCGUUGCUAUCAGUGGUGGCUGUUUUGCUACAUUUCUUGGAUAUCUUGCCACAUUGCUUUUUUUGGGACUGCGACUACCAUAUACGUAUAAUCUGGGCGAUGGCCAAUUGGGGUCAUUUAUUUUUGUUUAUCUUUCUUGUACAGAGAACUUU